UAUUUUUUGCAUAAAAAAAGUUUAUUUUUGUGAAUAAAAAUUUAAAGAAUGUCUGAUUCAGCAGUAGCUACAUCCGCGUCUCCUGUGGCAGCUCCACCGGCGCCGGCUGAGAAGAAAGUAGCAGCCAAAAAGGCAACUGGAUCUGCUGCCACAAAAGCGAAGAAGACCGCAGCACCACCAUCGCAUCCGCCAACUCAACAAAUGGUAGACGCUUCAAUUAAGAAUUUGAAGGAGCGUGGGGGCUCCUCGCUUCUAGCAAUCAAGAAGUACAUCACUGCCACAUACAAGUGCGAUGCUCAGAAACUGGCUCCUUUCAUCAAGAAGUACCUGAAGUCUGCUGUGGCCAAUGGUAAGCUGAUCCAGACGAAGGGAAAGGGUGCUUCUGGUUCCUUUAAAUUAUCGGCUUCAGCCAAAAAGGAGCCCAAGCCGAAGCCUUCUUCUGUUGAGAAAAAAACUAAAAGCAAGAAGGUAUCGACCAAGAAGACCGGAGCCACCACUAAGAAGGCCGCGGGAGCUGCCGACAAGAAGCCGAAAACUAAAAAAGCCGUGGCUACCAAGAAGACAGCUGAAAAGAAGAAAACCGAGAAGGCCAAGGCAAAGGACGCUAAGAAGUCUGGUACCGUUAAGGCUAAAACAGUAGCAACAAAAGUGAAGCCAUCAUCGGCGAAACCAAAGGCAGCUAAAGCCCCAAAGGCUAAACCAGCUGCAUCCGCUAAGCCCAAGAAGACGGUAAAGAAAGCACCAGCUCCUACUACCGCAAAGAAGCCGAAAGCUAAGACCACGGCAGCGAAAAAAAUAAAUUGUGAUAAUGUGCAUUAUAUUUGUACAGUUUCGCAAUCGCAAUUUUAGAUUUCGAUAUCUAAAAUUACAUUAAACAAGCCCUUUUCAG